AGUGUGUUUGUGUUUUUGCCACCUUCUUCUGUAAACACUUUCUUGUGGCAAUUUGAGGCAUUUUUAGAGAUAAUUAUUGCGUGAAAAGCAUCCCAAGUGUGCCAAUACUGUGUUCCAAUCUCGUCAAAUUGAGUGCCAUUGCAAAAUGUCUCACUACAAAUUGGUCGUUGUCGGUGGAGGCGGAGUAGGAAAGUCCGCACUUACAAUUCAGUUUAUUCAGAGCUACUUCGUCACCGACUACGACCCCACAAUUGAGGACUCCUACACGAAGCAGUGCGUGAUUGACGAUGUCCCGGCCAAGUUGGACAUUCUCGACACGGCCGGCCAGGAGGAGUUCAGUGCCAUGAGAGAGCAAUACAUGCGGUCCGGAGAGGGAUUCCUCCUUGUCUUCUCCCUCACGGACCACUCGAGUUUCAUGGAGAUCGCCAAAUUCCAGAAGCAAAUCCUCCGCGUGAAGGAUCGCGACGAGUUCCCAAUGAUUCUCGUGGGCAACAAGUCGGAUCUCGAGGCACAGCGCCGAGUGUCGCUGGAAGAGGCGCAGCAGCUGUGCCGCCAGCUGGGCAUUCCCUACAUUGAGUGCAGUGCCAAGCACCGCGUCAACGUGGAUCAGGCCUUCCACGAGCUCGUGCGGAUCGUAAGGAAAUUCCAGGAGGCCGAGAGGCCCUUCUUCGAGGAGAAGUACAAAAAGAGGAACAAACGAAAGUGCACAAUUCUCUAACUUCGGUGAGAAACUGCCGCACAAGAUUGAAUUUCUCGAAAUAUAGCAAAAAAUGGGAGGAGAGAGUUCUUAACUUAUUAAGAGAGAUGAAACAGGUGCCUAAUUAAUAUUCUAAAUAUACACGAGGGGAUGCUCAAAGUGCGUCCUUCAUCUCGAUAAUCAUGCAAUAUUCGUCUUCGUUACGCGUCUCGAGGAUAUCAUUCUCACUCCUAAGAUUGUGUACUCUUGUAUGUUUUCUUUUUUACUAUAAAAAAAUUUUGUUUUCUAAUAUAAGGUAAAUAAUUACGUGUUGCGCACAUAAGAUAGGAAGCUCGUAAACUAGCUAUUUUCUCCCUCUUGUCAUACAAAGAUUUUUUUCUUUUUCUACAACUCAUUUGAUAAGUGGAAAAGUGUUAUAUUAUCGCUAAAUUGCAUAAUUCCUUUCUCUACUUCGAAUAAGUGUAUUUUUAGGGAUAAUGCAGCGGUAUGUAACUUUCUAUUUACAUUUUACAACGUUAAUUUGUUAAGCUUUAAUGCUGCGAUGUCAAAAUGGAAAAUUGUAGUCGAUGAUAAUGUG